AUGGAGUACUAUCAGGCCUAUAAUGGUAGGGAAAAGGUUUAUGAGAUGAUUUAUGGCGACGAUGUGAAGUCUUACUCGCACUUGAAUAUGCCCAUCACUGGAUCAGAUCCUAGGUACACGCUUGUGAUGGACCUUUUCCAAGAGGCGACAUACGCACUCUCACCUGAAAACCAUGCGAAGGCAAUACAGAAGAUUAGAUACUUGAACUGCGAUUGGGUGGCUGAUUACAUCGAGACUAUCCCACCUGAAGCAUAUGUGAAUGCCUAUUUCAAAGGUUGUCUGUAUGGACGAACAUCUAGUACUCUAGCAGAAUCAGUCAAUAGAUGGGUUCUGGUUCAAAAGAAGAUGCAUGCAUCUGAUCUUCUUGAUCAGAUUAGGAAGAAAAUAAUGUGCUUGAUGGCAGAGCGUCGUGAAAUUGGCGCUAAUAUGAUGACUCCAUUAACCCCUGAGUAUGAGGAAAAGCUUGCGGCUCUUCAAGAUGAAGGUUUGGCUUGGGAAGUAUUGGUUUCUAGUCCUACGGUGUUUGAAGUUUUUAGCGAAAGGAGUCACAUGGUGGACCUCGAACAACAGACUUGCACCUGUCAAAGGUGGCGUGUAUACGGUUUUCCGAAGACUUAUCUGCAUUGCAUCCAGCCAAUUCCCAACUACAACAAGCCUGUUGAUAUUGAUGAAGACAACACCAUCAACCCUCCUAUUGUAAAGAAACAACCAGGUAGACCCCCAGGAAAAAGGAUUAUUAGUAAACAUGAAAAGAAGGUAAAGAGGAAAGUUCAUUGCAGCAAUUGCAAGGAAGCAGGUCACAACAGGGCAGGUUGCAGGAAUCCUCCGAAGUACACAUCCCCCUAG